CCACCGGACGUCGUGUGGUGUGUGUUCUUGUUGCCGGCCGUUGUCGCGAAAGCGUAACUGGUGCGAUUAUGAGCUCGCGCGAUCACGCGUCGUGAACUCUCUUGCCGCCGCGACGGGAAAAUUAUGUCGACUCGGAGAGAUGGGUAAUUUGACGACGCUACUGGUGAAGUUCAGUGUCGCGUUCCUCCUCACCGUUCUCGCGGAUUACAGCCAGGCCCAGGACGAGGCGUCAGCUAGAGAAUGCGUCUUAUCCGACACGGGAUGCCAGAGGUGCAGGGACGGAACGUGCGCCAGAUGCGCCGUGCUGCUACAUCAGGGUACCUGCGUGCACACAUGCCCGCCCGGUUUCAUCGCCGACUGGUCCACACGGGACGAGUACAUGGGCCGUAUCUGCCGGGAGACCGGCUAUAUGCUCGGCCUCACCGGUAGCCAGGUCGCGAUCCUGGUGGGGGUGAUUUCCGGCGCGACGAUCUGCAUCUUCAUCAUCAUCUGCGGCGCGAUAGUCGUGCACCGACGUAAGAAGAAGGCGGCGAAGCUGGCGCAGCAGUACGAAGACAGCGCGGAAAGGAGAGAAUUCUUGAAACACCUGGCGACACUGCGCGGAGAAGCCCAUACUUUUCUCGCGAUGCUCAACGAUACUAGGCGACAAGUCAGAGAAUUGUACUAUUCGGGAAGUAAUGGAGACGGUGCCGUCGGAAUCCAGGCGUACAGACCAGUGUUACGUGAUCUGGCGAGAAUAUUGGUCCUCGUGAAUAGGAGAGAUGACGAGAUACCACUGCCACCCGACGAUUGGCAACGAUUGUUCUCCUGGGCGGAGCGGUUGCUGAGAAGAUACAAGAGGCACAGUUCUCCAGAGGUGGCUCAGCUCGUGACAUUUCUGCAGCAGCCGACGAACGCCGUCCAAAUGUCGCCGGUGCAGCCGGUCGCAGCGCCGCAACCGUCGCCUCAUCAGACCACAUAUGAGCCAAGGAGUACCCCGACUAAUCUCACGACAUUCCAAGCGAAUGUACCACUCGCGACGUUCCAGGCGAGUGACAAGUCGAGUAUUAGCCCGGCGAGCUCCAGUCUCGGCUACGCGAAGGACAGCAGUCCCCUCGGCUCGAGUUUUGGUCAAAACAGUGUUUCUGGUGCUUACAACGGCGAGAAGCUCAGUCCGAAUGGCUCGACAAUUGGCCAAACGACGCCUCUUGUCUACGGCAGCAGUCAGAAGCGCGGUGGCGUGAGGACGAUAAGCGAUUCGCAUCUCCAGGAACUCCAAGGAAUCUCCGUGUUCAAUCGUAGUUACAACGGCGCGCUAGGCGCCUUGGAGACAAACAGCGUUCGCAUGUUGCAAGACGAGUGCGAGACGAACGACGGGUUGGAUCGCGACCUAAAUCCGCAAUGGAAAUUCCAGAGCAGCCCUGUGGAAGCGGCUAAUUACACAAUCCUGUCGGACUGGUCGCCCGCUCGUGAUUAUCUUAUCGAUGACUUUACGAUCCUCGGUUUUCGGCCGCAGGACGAGAUUACCACAGAAUUGUAAUGCCGACUAAUACAUAUCCAAGUGCAAGACUCGUAAAGGAGUGAUCACAUAUCCCGAAGUAUCGAAGACAAUCAGUCUUGAUUUUCCUUCGAUCCUAAAAUUCUCGACACAUUACUUCGAUAAUCUUGUAUUCCAUGUUACGUUAACGACACAUCGAUAUCUUAUUUGCGCAAAAGCAUUCGCGCGGUAUAAUCAUAGUAUCAUUGUGAGAAAAAUAGUAUAUAAUUAUAAAAAUUAUAAAAAGUGUGUUAUAAAAUUUUGCCAUUUCUGAAAUCUUGAUAUAAACUUCUCGAAUUUCUGUUAAUUUUUUUAAGAAAAACGUUCAUUUUAUUCUUUCUAACGUGUCAAAAUAUUGAAUGUUGAUAUGUUUU